AUCAAUCUUGGUGUGCGUCCAGCUCCUUACAGGCUUGCGAAGGCAAUACACACAUUGGGUGUAUACGGGUGAUAUAUAUAUAUAUAUACUGCGUAGGGCAUCAGUACGACAUGCUGUCCCAGGUCCACGGUAACUACAAUGCCUGUGUACAAUACCUACCACUAGGUGUGUGUUCCAACCCGCGAGGUUCCUCCCACACGACCCCUUUUAUAGGCACCGUCAAGUAAGGGAGACGCCGUUUAACAAGUCAAGCCACCUACGCCUACCAUCGACACUCUCGGUGGCCCGUUCCGAAUGGAGUUGAAAACGACGGAGAAACCGUCGACACCCGACGCUGAUGCCGGAACCCUCAGGCCGGACUCAAAGCCGGAGCAGGACCUCGAGGUCGACCGCGGCCCGCGCGACGCUGACGCCGACAGGACCGACCCUAAUGUGGUGGACUGGGAUGGGCCCAACGACCCGGCAAACUCGAAGAACUGGCCGGAUUCUCAGAAAUGGAUGAACGUCACCGUUUUGUCCGUCAUGUCUGUGGUAACCCCGCUAGGAUCCUCGAUGUUCGCCCCCGGCAUCCCGGGGAUUAUGGUCGAGUUCCAGGAGCGCUCGUCGACCGUGGCCACCUUCCUCCUCUCAGUCUACAUCCUCGGGUUCGCCUUCGGCCCCCUGAUCGUCGCGCCCCUCAGCGAGACCUUCGGCCGGCGGCAGCUGUACGUCUACAGCAACAUCCUGUUCGUCGGCUUCACCAUCGGCGCCGCCCUCUCCACCAGCAUCGGCAUGCUCAUGGCCUUCCGGCUGCUCAUGGGCCUCUCGGGUGCCGUGCCCGUCACCAUCGGCAGCGGCAGCAUCGCCGACAUCAUGCCCGUCGAGAAGCGCGGCAGGGCCAUGUCCGUCUGGGCCCUCGGUCCUCUCCUCGGCCCUUGUGUUGGACCCAUCGCCGGCGGCUACCUGAUCCAGGGCGCCGGCUGGCGAUGGGUCUACUGGCUCAUCGUCAUCUUGGGCGGCAUUCUCAUCCCCAUAUCGCUAUUCUGCCUGCGCGAGACCUUCGCGCCGGUCCUCCUCGAGGCGAAGACACAGCGUCUGCGCAAGGAGACGGGAAACACGGAGCUGCGGAGCGCGCUGUCGGACCGGGCGAGCACGAAGGAGCGGUUCAAGCUGGCCGUCACGCGGCCGCUGAAGCUGCUGCUGCUGACGCCGAUCGUGGCGCUGAUGUCGCUGUACGUGGCGCUGACGUACGGGAUCCUGUACCUGCUGAUCGCGACCUUCUCGUUCGUGUACGGGCAGCGCUACGGCUUCAGCGAGGGCGACAGCGGGCUCACGUUCCUGCCCGCGGGGCUCGGCAUGGUGAUCGGCGUCGCCGCCUUCGGCCAGCUCACCGACUACAUGGUCCGCCGCCACCAGGCCAAGGGCGACCCCCUCACGCCCGAGGUCCGCCUCGCCCCCGUGCUCACCGUCCCCACCGGCGUCGCCAUCCCCGUCGGCCUCUUCCUCUACGGCUGGGCCGCCGAGUACUACGUCCACUGGAUCGUGCCCAUGCUCGGCGUGCUCAUCAUGAGCAUGGGCAUGAUGGGCGUUAUGUUCUGCGUGCAAAACUACCUCCUAGACACGUACCCGCAGUACGCGGCCUCGGUGACGGCGGCGAUGGCGGUGCUGCGGUCGCUCCUCGGCGCGCUGCUGCCGCUCGCCGGCCUCGAGAUGUACGACGCGCUGGGGCUCGGCUGGGGCGACAGCCUGCUGGCCUUCGUCGCCCUCGCCCUCGUCCCCAUGCCGCUCGUCUUCUUCUGGUUCGGCCCGCGUAUCCGCGGCCGGUUCAACCCCAAAUUAUAGAGGACCCCCUUUCCGCGCCCUUGAUGAUAUAUAGACCUGGCUACUCGGACUUGUUAGGUAUAGACGUACCGCAACAGUAACUGCCUACCUACCUACCUGCGGUUUUGCUUUCCGGUGAUAUGGGCCUGCGAGGCAGCGGAGCCGCCCGUUGUCACCCUCCCGGCCUCGAGGCCUGGUUCGUGUCGGUGGAAAGGUGACAGUGGUCGAAAGCAGAUUCACGUGCGUCCGUAGCAGAACUAGGUAUAUGUUUUUAAGACUAACCUGUUCGAUGUUUCUCUGUUUGCCCCGUGUCUAUCUAGACUGCCGUAGCCCAAGUGCCUACUCUUCUUUUUCGUCACCCCUUUUAUACUUCGGUUUUUUUGUAUGACAUUACGGCCCGAAAGUGGU